GUUUCCUAUAAAAUAAGGCAACUAUUUUUGGUCCACGUCUAUCAUCCAACCGUGAGACACAAUACAAUGGCGUCGUUGAAACUAUGCAUCGUUGUCCUGGCCUUGGUGUUCGCACUCACUGAGUGUAGUAUCAACAAGAAGAACUUCAAGAAAGCCCAUGUCCGGGGCACCAGGAGUCUGAAGGCUGAGAACUACUCCAAGAGACAAGGUAAACCACUUCGACUGGUCUAGUAAUACAUAUGCCAAACAUAGAACUAUUACCACUGAGAUUACGGUUGGCGAGGGGGGUAGACAUUCAGUUUAAACUGUUUGCUGGUAAGAUUUAACUUUAGACAGAACAGAAAUUGGUAAAGAUCUACCAAGGAAAAUUAAAGGGAGCUAUAUAAGUGUCAGUGUCAUAGCCCUAGCAUCAACAAAUAAUCCAAUUUAAGCACAUUUAUAUAAUUUAACUGUAUUAUUGUAUUUCAUGUUCUUUAAAUAACACGAUAUCUAUAUCACUGAGACUAAUGCUGGUUGUUUUCAGCUCUCCAGAUAAACUCUCUAGACUAAAAUAAAUAUUGUAUAUGCUAAAAGGGAGAGAAUAAGUUUUUAGUUUGAAAUUUGCAAUAGUGUUGUUUUGUAAUAGCCAAUAUUUUGCUGUGGGCGUUAUUUUUUUGUUGUAAUACCCAAUAUUUUGUUCUUAUGCACAAUAUUUUGUUCUUAUGCACAAUAUUUUGUUGAAACAGACAAAAUUAUGUUGCAUUUGUGAUUUAUUGCCACGUGUCAAAUCUCUCCAUAAUUUAUUACAAUUUCUUGUCGACUUAAUGGAUGAAUCACUUUAAAUAAGAUACGUUUGUUCUGUCUCCUUUCAACAGCAUCUUGCGGUCCCAAUGAGUUCCAUUGUACCAACGGCCAGUGUGUCCAGCUUGACUGGUUCUGUGACACGGACCGUGACUGUAGUGACGGAAGCGAUGAGUCCCAAUGUCGUAAGUGGAACAUACAAAAAAUACAAAAAAAAACCUCUUCUUUUCAUACAACAGCCACUAGGAACAGAGCGGUUCUAAAACCAUCACCACUGAUUCUAAGCUCCAAAUAUGUUUUAUUACACGACGUUUGAUUUGCAAGUGAUGUAGUUUGUUUAAUGACGUUAACAUGUUAUUAAGUUAUCAGACAUCUUUUUUUCCAAGCACGUGAUGCCGCAAUUAUAUUUUGUAUGUGUUUCCUACCUCCAAGAACACGUUCCAACGAUCUAAAUAAAUUUUCUAGUUUAAAAAAAAAAAGAUUUUUUAAAUCAAUUUAAUGAUAGGACGAGAUAGGAAGGAAUGUUUCUGUCACUGAUAGGAUGGGGGGGGGGGGGGGGGGGGGGGGGGGAGGGGCCUCCUCCCACGGAGAAGGUAAAGUGACCACCCCCCAACCCCCCCUCCCGUGAAAAUUAUGUCCAAAAAUAAAGUAAACGAAUAAUUUAUUAAAAAUAAAUUGUUAUUUUAUAACUCUUUGAUUAAAAAUUAGUAAACUCGUGUAAUCAAUGAAUAUCUAUAAUCUUGAUUUAUUUGAUGAUCCGAAUAUUUAAGGCAACUCUAAGAUGAUCACUCGAUUCUAAAUACCGUAUUUUUUUUCUCCUAAAAAAAAAACAUGCCUCAGGUGGUUUGAAGUUUAAGCCGCAUCAUGACUUCCCGUUGUUCACAUAUAUUGAUGACGUCAUUUCUUUAUUAGUGAACAACCAGCUUUUCUUGAGUAAAUCUCUCUCUAAAGAGGUGGGCACUGCCUUCGUCCACCUCGACUGCAUUUCGACUCCCCCGCCCCCUUACCCUGGGUCGAAAAAUGUGUUAAAAAUGUGGCAAACAUAAAAUUUUAUUUUUAAAAAGCAACGAAAUAAUAAAUUGUUUUCAACGGUUAAGAUUUGUAAGUGGUAUCUCUAAUCAAAUAACGUAAAGGAAAUGGUGAAACGAAGUAACAUGCUGCACAUGUUUGGUGUAGCUAACAUUCCUAUUUUAUACCGGUAUUUGUGUGUGUGUGUGCGUGUAAGUGUGUGUGUGCUUGUAAGUGUGCGUGUGUGUAUGUGUGUGUGCUUGUAAGUGUGUGUGUGCUUUUAAGUGUGCGUGAGUGUAUGUGUGUGUGCUUGUAAGUGUGCGUGUGUGUAUGUGUGUGUGCUUGUAAGUGUGUGUGUAUGUGUGUGUGCUUGUAAGUGUGUGUGUGCUUUUAAGUGUGCGUGAGUGUAUGUGUGUGUGCUUGUAAGUGUGCGUGAGUGUAUGUGUGUCUGCUUGUAAGUGUGUGUGUGCUUUUAAGUGUGCGUGAGUGUAUGUGUGUGUGCUUGUAAGUGUGCGUGAGUGUAUGUGUGUGUGCUUGUAAGUGUGUGUGUGUGUAUGUGUGUGUGCUUGUAAGUGUGUGUGUGCUUUUAAGUGUGUGUAUGUGUGUGUGCUUGUAAGUGUGUGUGUGUGUGUAUGUGUGUGUGCUUGUAAGUGUAUGUGUGCUUUUAAGUGUGCGUGAGUGUGUGUGUGUGUGUGCUUGUAAGUGUGCGUGUGUGUGUGUGUGCAACAUACAGUGAUAAAAAGACGCCUUUAAGAAACACACACUGAGUGUUCCUAUUUAAAAGGAUUUUCUUGACUUUGCGAAUAUAUUAGUUUCCUAAAACUGUGUAUCCAUAGUUUGGUUCUAUACAGGUUACAAUGAUUAAACUUAGCAGCAGCCAAAAGCUCAACAUCAGCUAAAGUGAAUUUAGUUGAUGCUGGGUCAGAGCGGGAAGUUAUAGUUGAUCAUGGGUUAGGGUUAUGCGUAAUUGUUGGCAUUUCCCGGUGGCGUAAAUUGCAUAAGUGCCACCCUGGGGUCGCUAAGACUUUUGCCACCGACCCACCCCCAAAAAAAAAUGAAAAUGAUCCCCCAGGGGUGGACAUACCGCUAUGUCCAGCCUUCUUACGCCGCUAGGACUGCCCACCCGAACAUCUGAGAUGCCGUCCCGACGUAAGAAAUUUGCUGAAAGAAACAAUGCUGAAAUCCCUAAAUGUUUUCUUUCCAGCAACCGACUGUACCGGUGAGCAUCAACUCAAGUGUAACAAUGGAAGAUGUAUCACCAGGGAGUACAUGUGUGAUGGUGAUGACGACUGUGGGGACAUGACUGAUGAGACAGACUGUCGUAAGUAUUGAGUUGACAUGACCGAUAGUCCGAAGCCAGGGUUUCCCAAACUUUUUUUUUUUCCUUCUUCCAAUCAUUGCGUCCUUCCUGCAUCUGGUAUUUCCCAAUGCACAACGUGUCAGAAUCAAACAAAUGCACUACGGAACAGUGAGAGAUGCAAAAAAUACUUCUGCUCCCAACGUAUAGUAAAUCUCUCUAUUUGUUUUGUGAUGAAAAUACAAACGUUAAGAAAUACUUGAAUAGCCUACUUAAACAAACAGCACCGUUGAAUGUGAAUGUUUGAAGACGUGUCCAAUCUACAGCUACGUGUAUACGUAGACAUCGAUACAGCUGAAGUUAUCGCGUAUUAUUUCAUGUUACUGUUUUUUUUUUAAACACUUCGCGGUGCCCCUGUGACGAAGUGCACAGUUUGGGAACCGCUGUCCUAACCCUUGUUGAGACAGUUGCUGGUGAAAAUCUGGUCUUGAUUCAGGGACUUAGCGCCUGUACCAGUAUAACAUAAUUAUAUUUUUUUUUAAAUCUUUAAAAUCGUAAAAGUAACGUACAAUUAUUUUAUUACAAUGUUUAAAUAUUCUGUCACUAUAAGGAAACCAAACAAUUGGCUUCAUUUGGCAUCUAAGAGUUGCAUUUGCUGUCAUUAAUAGUUAGGUAUAUUGUGAAUUAUAUCGACCUUUAUAUUCUUGUAAGGCUGUAGUCAGUACGCUCUAGAAUGGUUAGUACCAGCCUGAUCAAAAUAUGAAUGUUGUGAAACGUGAUUAUCCAAUGCAGACAAGGUUGAAUGCACCAGCGGUGAGCUCCACUGUGACAACUACCUGUGUAUAGAGAACGAGUGGGUCUGUGAUGGAGACAACGACUGUGGUGAUGGGUGGGACGAGAGGAACUGCAGUAAGUCAAGCGGUUUUCGUGGAAGUGGGGUCUUUUUAGAUUUAGAAUUGAUCCAUCCACACACAGUACUAUAACAGCAGUUUAAAUAAAAUAUCUUUUAAUUAGGUUCCAAGACAUUGAUUGCCCUGUUUGUAUGUCCCUUGACAUGAACUCAUUUCCGUCUGUCUUCCGCCCCAUGACACAGCCGGAACGUGCAGUGCAACUCAGUUCCUGUGUGCCGACGGCUCCAGAUGUAUUGAUUCAAGAUGGCGCUGUGAUGGCGACUUUGACUGCAAUGAUGACAGUGAUGAACACGACUGUCGUGAGUGCCGUACAAUAUACUAGAAACAAAAUGUUCCAUAACAAUAUUUUGCGAAUAAAUGUUUUAUACAAUGUACAUCAGCAGACGAAUCAAUAUUAUCAUAGGAAAUAUAGUGUUAGUAUAUGUAACAUAUGUAGUAUUCGUACUGCUCCGUAUAUAUAGGACCAUGAUUAUGGUACAAAAUAUUUGUGUCUGAGACUCACAAACAUUCUAACUUUCGCAUUACGGAAACGGCCUCACGUUAUGACCCUAUAACAGUUAUGAGCUAUUUAAACAUUCUAACUUUCGCAUUACGGAAACGGCCUCACGUUAUGACCCUAUAACAGUUAUGAGCUAUUUGUAACAAAAUUCUUUAAUCUAACACUGGUCCUGAUGUAAAAAUCUCAAUAGAGUUUUUCUACCAUACUAAAUCUUAUCACUUUUUUUGACUAGCUUAUUCUAUUAUUUUAUGAUAGCGGUUAGGCUGUUUCGUGUGAGAAAUGUGUGGUAAAAAAAAAAUGUACUUUGAAAUUGGGCUCCAUUUUAUACCGCAUUGAAGCAAUGUUAUCCUUACCGGUAAAAAGUGGCGUAGGAAGGGGGGGUGCGAAAGGUGCGGGGCGCGUCCAGGAAGAGGUGGAACUUUUUUGUUUAAAAAUGGAUGGGCGACAAUCUCAGCAACCUGCGGCCAUACUUUGUUGAAGUUGGCGUCGAAAAUCUUGGCCCAAUCCGGGCGGCACUAACUCUAACUACGCCCCUGCCUGUAAACGAUCUAUACAAUUCAUCUUCUUGACCCACUCACAAUCACAUUGGGCGACCGAGCGCGCUUUGUAUCAUGCGCAUAAAGAAGGGUAAAGUAGAUCGAGCAUUAAGCAAAGCUGUAUUCGUGUAUUACUACGGAUUAUAUUUACUUUUAUUUUAAAAAUUUAAAACAUUUUUGAAUGUUUUAAUAUUAAAAUUAAAAAUUUAUUUCAUGAACAUGUAUUUUAUCAUUUUAAAAAAAUAUUACUAAUUGAUAAGACUAACCUAUCGCAUUUAUAAGUGGACUUGGCAUUAUAGAGCCUUUUUUUUUUUAAACAAAACGUCAGGCGGGUCAUAAUUUUAUUUAAAUCACGUGUCACUUGAAUCGCAUUAUGCGCGGUGAUAUACAAUUGCAUAGGUGAUGGCUUUACAGCCCUUAACCAUUUAGAUAGGCGAUGGCUUUACAGACCUUAACCAUUUUGAUAGGCGAUGGCUUUACAGCCCUUAACCAUUUAGAUAGGUGAUGGCUUUACAGUCCUUAACCAUUUAGAUAGGCGAUGGCUUUACAGCCCUUAACCAUUUAGAUAGGCGAUGGCUUUACAGCCCUUAACCAUUUAGAUAGGCGAUGGCUUUACAGUCCUUAACCAUUUAGAUAGGUGAUGGCUUUACAGCCCUUAACCAUUUAGAUAGGUGAUGGCUUUACAGCCCUUAACCAUUUAGAUAGGUGAUGGCUGUAUAGUCGAUAUUAUUUUUUUUUGGUGUACAGCCGUUAACCAAAAAAAAAAUAAGUGACAACUGUGCAGCCGGUACGUGUUUAUUAUUGAAUACAUUUCCCAGCUAAUAGCUAAACAGAAACGAUCUAUUUGAGAUAACAUGUCAUUGGCUGAAUGCUGAAUUCAUUUAUGAAUGGAAGGAAUGUAAUCACCUCUCACUGGCAUCAAUUCAUGACGUCAUAGCCACCCUUUCUCUCUGACAGCGUGUGAUGAGACCACACACUUCAAGUGCAAAAACAGCGUUUGCAUCAACAUCAACUGGAAAUGUGAUGGAGACAACGACUGUGGUGACGCCUCUGACGAAACAGGAUGUCGUAAGUUUAAAAAAACAAAACACUUAUAUUGGAACUUUCAGUAUAUUAUUUUGUUUUGUAUUUUGUUGGUUUUUUUGUGAGUUUUUUUUUUGUGUUUUUUUUUUUUNUUUUGUAAGUAAAUAGACAAAAAUUGUGUUUCUUCAGAUACAAUUUUUUUGAACAAAUAAUUUCCCACGAAUGCAGCGGAUUACAAAUAAAUUAUUCACCAACUAUGGCAUUUAAAAAUAUAUGUAUUCAUGUAUAAUUUUCGAAGGCACCUUUAAAUUGAUGACGUCAUUGCGUAUCUCUCUCCCCCCCCCCCCUCAGCUACUCUCCACCCCAGUCUCUGUGACGACAUGAUGUCACUCCGUGACUGCGCCUUGAUGAACGAGACCGCACAUCCCAUCUGUCUCGAUGCUGUGGAAGGACACAAAUAUUGUCGUAAAUACUGUGGGCUGUGCCUCAUCGACCCCAAUGUCACUCACCCUUAAACUGUCAGAGGAAAUAUCAUUGUCUUCAUCCAUGCAAAUAUUACACCUUCAAUGCGACUAUUGCUCAUGUAAAUGAAUUUUGAAAAAAAAUCAUUAUUUUUCAGUAAAUCCUUAAAAACAUUUA